AUGCUUCUUGAAGACCAGCGAUUCAUCCACGAGGAUCUCGAGCGGCUAGAGCAGGCCGUUGCUGAUCGCGUGGCCGACAAACCUCGAAAUAUCCGCGAGAAACUAGCCAACGACCAUGAACUUGCCAAAUUCUUAGACCGAAUUGAGGUGCAGUCCAAGAGACUGCUGGAAAUCUACAAGGAUGCCGAUGGCCUGCGCGAGAAGGAGGUGCAGUCGAUUUCCACUGGCGAUCAGUUCGAGGAGUUCUACAAGCAGCUGGAUGAGAUCAAAGAUUUUCACAAGCGCUACCCGAACGAGCCAGUCGACAACCUCGAGCAAGCAUAUAAACGACAUCAACCCGCCGAAGGCGAAUCAUCUUACAUGGAGAUCGAUAAUAUGUUCACUGGCGAAGAAUGCUUUGGACAAUACAUGGAUCUGACUACUAAUCAUGAGCAAUACCUGAAUCUCCCGGGAGUGAAGCGCCUGAAUUACGUCCAAUAUCUCGAUGUCUUUGAUGUAUUCACGCCACCGACCAUGAGCAUCAAGCGGAAAGACAAGGUUUCCGAUAAAUACUUCCGUUAUGUUGGUGAAGUUGCGACUUACCUCGAGGGAUUUUUCAAGCGAGUGAAGCCUCUGGAGGACUUUGAUGCGUUGAUUGCCAGCUUCGACGAGGAAUUCGACAAGCAAUGGGCAGCAAAGGAAGUCCCCGGCUGGGCUGAUGAACAAGUUGCUACAGAAGGAUCAGGCGAGGGAAUAUGGUGUUCAGACUGUGAGAAGGAAUUCUCCAAUGAGAAUGUCUACCGGAACCACUUGACUGGCAAGAAGCACAUCCGAGCUGCAGAGGCUCGCAAGGCUGCUGGCACAUCAAACGAGGACUCCAAACCAUCUGCAAGCACACCUGCGAAAUCUUCCCUUGCGAAGGAUUUAAAGGAGCGUGCUGUCGCUGUGCGAGAGCAUCGUGUGCGUUGCUUCACAAACACACUUAAGGAAGAGCGGGAAGCUACAAGACGCAACGUCGUACGCCGACAAGGUUUGACCGAACGUGAGCGGCAAAUGGAACGUGAGGCUUUAAUGGCUGAGCCUGAGUCAUUUGGUGAGGGUCGUGGUGGUGAUCAGUCUGAUGAUGAAGAAGACAAGGAGAAAAUCUAUAACCCACUGAACCUACCACUGGCUUGGGAUGGGAAGCCUAUCCCUUACUGGCUGUACAAGCUGCAUGGUCUCGGAGUCGAGUAUCCGUGUGAAAUUUGCGGAAAUUACGUUUACAUGGGUCGACGAGCAUUCGAUAAGCAUUUCUCGGAGGCGAACCAUAUUUACGGCCUCAAAUGCCUGGGUAUCACCGCAAACACCAACCUUUUCCGUGAGAUUACCCGCAUUGAGGACGCAAUGCGACUUUGGGAGAAGCUGGAACAGGAUCGCAAGAAGGAGCGAGACUCCCGGGACAAUGUCGUGCAAAUGGAGGACGCCGAGGGUAAUGUCAUGCCCGAGAGAAUUUAUCACGAUCUCAAAAAGCAAGGCAUUCUUUGA